AUGGCAGCAGCCAGAGCAGGAUUCUGCCGCCUGCUGCUGCUCCUGCUGCUGGGGCUGUGGGUGGCCGAGGUCCCAGUCAGUGCCAAGCCCAGGCACAUGACCUCAGCUCAGUGGUUUGAAACUCAGCACGUGCAGCCCAGUCCCCAGGGAUGCAACAAGGUGAUGGGCAAUGUCAACAAGUACACGAAACACUGCAAAGACCUCAACACCUUCCUGCAUGAAUCCUUCUCCAGUGUGGCCACCACCUGUCAGACCCCCAGCAUAGCCUGCAAGAACCGCCAUAAAAACUGCCACCAGAGUCAGAAGCCCAUGUCCCUGACCAUGUGUAAGCUCACCUCCGGGCGGUAUCCAGACUGCAGGUACAAAGAGAAGCAACUGACUGCUCCAUACAUCGUUGCUUGUGACCCGCCCCAGAAAGGGGACUCAGGGCAAUUCCAGCUGGUUCCUGUGCACUUGGACAAAGUCCUUUAG